AUGGCAAAGAGGGGGGUGAACAAAAAGAGUCGUUCGGGUCAACCACCACCGCGGAACAGAAGGGCUAGUGCUGCCGCAGCCGCCACCAUCUCAGAACUUCCAGAUGAUGUAAUUUUCGACAUUCUAGUAAAAACGCCUGAUAUCAAGUCCAUCAUUAGGUGCAAAGGAGUAUGCAAGAAGUGGCGCAAAAUGAUUCUCCAACCCUACUUCGCCAAAUCGCUUAUCUCGAGCGGGUCUCUUCCUCUCAGUCUUAUCUUCUAUAGUCCCUCUAACGGCCCCACAAACCCCGCUCACUUCGGCAUUCUCGAGCUUGACGACGAUGACCUUGCCAGUUUAGGCCGCCAAAACGCAGCUGUGACAUUCAGAUCUGAGAUUUACAUCCCCCAUGAGGGCUAUAAAGGACGAGUAAUAGGAGCAUGCAAUGGGUUAGUUUGUUUGCGUGUUGAUAAGGAUAUUGUGGUGUGUAACCCAAUUCUUCAAGGACAACCACCUUUUGUCCUUCCAAAACUGCCAGAACUGACACAUUAUAGGUCAAGAUUCGGGUUUGGGUUUAGUCUAUUGAGUGAUGAAUAUAAGGUCUUGAGAUGUAAUGAAGCGCAUGGAGGCCAUAUCCUAUCGUUUGCGGUUUUUACCAUUGGGAGGGAUGAUACAUGGAGGAGGGUAUACAGAGGGCACGACGGAAAACCAUUCCCUCGCAGUUGUACGUCCCUUGGUAUUGAUUUUGUUUUUGUGAAUGGUGCACUUUAUUGGGUAGGGCGGGACAUGGCUUCAAGAUUAAGCUUAUGCUAUUUUGAUGUGGAGAAUGAGGAAUUGGGAAGUACUCUCUCCUUGCCUUGUCAAAUCGAUGGUAUCGUGCAUCUUGGAGUUUUGGAUAAGUUCUUAUACGUUUUCGAUGUCCAUUGGCCGAGCCAUGUUAAUGUGUGGGUGAUGAGAGAUUACAUACGUACGGGAGCUUGGACAUGGAAAUGGGUUCUUAAGCUACCAUAUCCUCGUGGGCUAGUUGGACCAAUCCAACCGAUACAAAUUUUGAAAGAUGGAACCGUAUUGAUGAUUCUGAAUAAAUUUAUUGCCGAUGAAAACAAAUACGGCAAAGUUCUUGCAUCUCAUAAUCCUCAAACAGGUUUAACAGAGAUCAUUAAGUAUCACGAAGUUCUAUUUUGGACAGAAUCAAUUGCUCAUACACCAAGCUUCCUCUGCCCACCUUGGUUGCUACGAAGGUGGUGGUUGAAGGUGGUAGAGCAUGGUAGUGGCGGUGGAGGCGAAGCGUUUGAGUAUGUACAUGUAGUGAUGGUAGCUAGUGGCGGCUGGAGGGGUGGUGGUGGUGGUAGAGUGGUGAUGAUAAUGAUUGUGGUGGCGCCGUGGCGGUGCGAAAGGUAG